AUGGGAUCGUUCGUCCCAUUUGGUGGAUUCUUCUCAACUCCUUCUGAUCUGAAACUACCCUUCUCCGGUUUCAAAAAGGAAAUCCGGUUUCUUCCAUUUCCGAUCAGACCCAAUCUACCUUGCCACCUUGUGCAGACCAAAGAAGGGUUGGAAUCAGUUUCUGCAAACAACUCCACGAGCAGUGCUCCUGCAUCGACCGGCUCAGCUAAAUGGGUCACAACCGAUCUGAAUCUGAGAAUGUGCCCGGUCAAAGAUUUUUCUCAGCCACAAUAUGCGUCCUCCUCUUGCUUGGAUAGUCCAAGAAGUCUCAAAACUGGAAAGUUUAUGGAUUCGCAUGGCAGAGAAGUAGGUAUCGGAAACAACUGUAACUAA